GUGAGCCGCGGCUUCCGGCCAGGAGGUGCGAGCGGAGGACGAGGUGCGCCCGGGCGGCAGCUCGGCGGGGAUCCUGGGCCUCGGGCCUUCCCCGACUACUGGUCCGCACCAGUCCGACCGCCCUUAGACUUGUUUGCUCUGCAGCCGUCGGCCCGGGAACUGGAGCCCCUCAGACUCGUAAGACCCUCGAGGAAGCGCCCCUGCCGGGGGAAUCGCCCCAACAUCCCAUCGUAUUGUGAGCCAACUGGGUCGGAGGCAGAGGCCACCAUGGAGCAGUGUACAAGCGUGGAGAGAGAGGUAGACAAGGUCCUCCAGAAGUUCCUGACCUAUGGGCAGCACUUCGAGCAGAGCCUGGAGGAGCUGCUGCACUGUGUGGGCCGGCUGCGGGCUGAGCUGGCCAGAGCAGCCCUCCAGGGGACCUCACUCUCAGCCACCCUCUCCUCGGUGAUGUCCCAGUGUUGCCAGAAGAUCAGAGAUGCUGUGCAGAAACUGGCUUCCGACCACAAGGACAUUCACGGCAGUGUCUCCCGAGUGGGCAAAGCCAUUGACAGGAACUUUGACUCUGAGAUUUGCGGUGUGGUCUCGGAUGCGGUGUGGGACUCACAGGAGAAGCAGCAGCAGACCCUGCAGCUGGCCAUUGUGGAGCACCUGUACCAGCAGGGCAUGCUCAGUGUGGCCGAGGAGCUAUGCCAGGAAUCUACGCUGAAUGUGGACUUGGAUUUCAAGCAGCCUUUCCUGGAGUUGAAUCGAAUCCUAGAAGCCCUGCAUAGACAUGACCUGGGGCCGGCCUUGGAAUGGGCCGUCUCCCACAGGCAGCCUCUGCUCGAGCUCAACAGCUCCCUGGAGUUUAAGCUGCACCGACUGCACUUUAUUCACCUCCUGGCUGGGGGCCCCGACAAGCAGCUGGAGGCCCUCAGCUACGCCAGGCACUUCCAGCCCUUUGCUCGGCUGCACCAGCGAGACAUCCAGGUGAUGAUGGGCAGUCUGGUGUACCUGCGGCUAGGCUUGGAGAAGUCGCCCUACUGCCACCUCCUGGACAACAGCCACUGGGCUGAGAUCUGUGAGACCUUUACCCGCGAUGCUUGUUCCCUGCUGGGGCUUUCUGUGGAGUCGCCCCUCAGUGUCAGCUUUGCCUCUGGCUGUGUAGCGCUGCCCAUGCUGAUGAACAUCAAAGCUGUGAUUGAGCAGAGGCAGUGCACGGGGGUCUGGAGCCACAAGGAUGAGCUACCGAUUGAGAUUGAACUCGGCAUGAAGUGCUGGUUCCACUCGGUGUUCGCCUGCCCCAUCCUACGCCAGCAGACGUCGGAGUCCAACCCCCCCAUCAAGCUCCUCUGUGGCCACGUCAUCUCACAAGAUGCACUUAACAAGCUCGUUAAUGGAGGAAAGCUGAAGUGUCCCUACUGCCCCGUGGAGCAGAACCCAGCUGAUGGGAAACGCAUCAUAUUUUGAUUCCUGCCUAGAAGGAACUUGGUUUAAACAAGUUUUUCACCCGUGAGCCUUGCUGCCUCAUGGGAUGGUUGGCUUCAGUGGAUGGUGGUUCAUUUCAGAGCAGCUAGCUGGCUGAGUGCCACCACAACAGGGGCCAAGAGGGAGGUGAACCAGCCUGCACUGGACAGUUGGCUGCUGGACUGUCCCAACAGGGAAAGACUGGCUUCUAGAUCCCAUUGUCUCCCUGCUUCUGUUGCAGGACUUGGUAGCAACCGACAGAGGAGCGGAGGACUUGGGUGUCGGCAGCAAGUCUUCCAUCCCUGCCCUCUACCAGGUCUCCUCCUGCUGCACAGCCUCACCACUGUGUUUAUCGCCCACUGUAAAUACCUCGGGUUAGAACUGAGUGCCAUUGCUUUGUAACUUUGAGCAAAUAUAUUCACAGGCCUACUCCUUCC